GCCAAAGGGUAACCCUUUUCGCAAGCAAACGCCCGCUACUCUGAUCAACAACCGUUUGUCAACAGAGCCUCGUGACGGACUUUUGCAAGAAGAUAUUGAAUUAAGCCACACACAUCGAAAGUCAAGACAGGGCGUCAUAGAGACAUGGCUGGUAAGUGCUUAAAUGCUCACUCAGUGAUAUCAGCAAGCGGAGACGGAAAGUUCCGUGUCAUAAACCAAUCCAAGUUGUCCAAGUUGUCCUCUUCUCACCAUAGGCUGCCUGACGACGAGGAUGGAAAAUUUGAACGGCCCAGUGCAGCUGAAGUGCAGCGGCGAGGCCGAAAACUACUAACAAGCCGACAGGCCACGACAACAAGCCCGACUAGGAGAGCCCGCGAGUGUCAGGGCAGUCAGGCCGGGGGGGGGGACAGAACGAAACAGCGAAUCCGGAUGGCGGUGGUGUUAGGCGACAAACAUGGCAGCCCGGAGAGGAGUAAUUAAUAAAAGGAGAAGAGAAGACGAAGGGCGAGUAUAAUAAAGCACCUCACAGCUUAAUAUAAGCUGUACUGCAUCCCCCAAGUAGCGAAGACCACGCGAGGAUUCCGUUGUACUGAACUGGUACGGCUACAGUAAGGACACGGUGCACACAACUGCCUGUACUCGGUCGACGAUGGUUUCUGCGCUGCUCCGAAACCGGACAAUACAGUACCUAUACUGACAAACCUCACUGACCCGCACGGAGUACUCCGCGCCGCGUUGCCCGGGACGAAGCACGUACUUCCGCACUUUCGUGCCUUUGUACUUUCGUACUCCCGCGACGGACCACCUUUAACCACAUGCCCGUCCCUUUCAUCUCCA